GAUAUGUGUUUUGGCUAUACAGAUUUCUCCAGAGGCUAAUCUUACUGCUUUUUGGUAAUGACACUGUCAAAAAACUAAAAAAACUAGACUUGUACCCCGAAAGGGACCGACUGGGUGACGUUGCCUGUGGUCAGCUGGGCAUCACGGCCACUCCUGCCUGUGCUCUUUCCUGCCUCCCAGAAGAGAAGCCUGGAACUACGUUUCCCAGAGACCCCUUUUAUAUGUGACGUCUGCCAGGUGGAAGCACUCCUGGGAGACAUGGAAGGCUGAAGAAAGACUGUUACUCACAGGGGACGGUUCCGCCAGAUGUGUGGGCCGAGGCCAGCGUGUGGGUUACAGCAGCAGCAGUCAAGCUCCCCUAAGAGGAAGUUUGGCGUGGUGGUGGUUGGUGUUGGCAGAGCUGGCUCCGUGCGGAUGAGGGACUUGCAGAACCCACACCCUUCCUCAGCGUUCCUGAACCUGAUUGGCUUCGUGUCCAGACGAGAGCUCGGGAGCAUUGACGGAGUCCAGCAGAUUUCUUUGGAAGAUGCUCUUUCCAGCCAAGAGGUUGAGGUCGCCUAUAUCUGCACGGAAAGCUCCAGCCAUGAGGACUACAUCAGGCAGUUCCUUAAUGCUGGCAAGCAUGUCCUCGUGGAAUACCCCAUGACACUGUCUUCGGCAGCAGCUCGGGAACUCUGGGAGCUGGCUGAGCAGAAAGGAAAAGUCUUGCAUGAGGAGCAUGUUGAACUCUUGAUGGAGGAAUUUGCAUUCCUGAAAAAAGAAGUGGUGGGGAAAGACCUGCUGAAAGGGUCACUUCUCUUCACAGCUGGCCCGUUGGAAGAAGAGAAGUUCGGCUUCCCCGCGUUCAGUGGCAUCUCUCGCCUGACCUGGCUGGUGUCCCUCUUUGGGGAGCUUUCUCUUGUGUCUGCCACUUUGGAACAGCGAAAGGAAGAUCAAUAUAUGAAGAUGACUGUGUGCCUGGAGACAGAGAACAAGAGUCCGCUGUCAUGGAUUGAAGAGAAAGGGCCCGGUUUAAAACGAAACAGAUAUUUAAGCUUCCACUUCAAGUCUGGGUCCCUGGAGAAUGUGCCAAAUGUAGGUGUCAAUAAGAACAUUUUCCUGAAAGAUCAAAAUAUAUUUGUGCAGAAACUCUUGGGCCAGUUCUCGGAGAAGGAACUGGCUGCGGAGAAGAAACGCAUCCUGCACUGCCUGGGGCUUGCGGAGGAAAUCCAGAAGCGCUGCUGUCCCGGGAAGUGAGGCCACGGCACUCCCAAGAUGGGACCAGAGUUUGGCUCUUACCGGGAGUUGAUCUUUAUCUCCAUUCUUACAAUUAAACAUGUUGGGUAAACA